AUGUGGGCGGAGUCAGUUGGGACCAAUAGUACAUAUUUCUCUGUUGAAUGCGUGGAUUCUGGUAGAGUUUUUCGUAAAAAAUCCUGGCCGAAUCUUGUCGGAAAGCCCUUGGAGUUCGUCAUAAACGAACUGGACGAAGAUGACGAAAUUAUGGCCGACUUGGAGAUUUCGAAAUGGAAAAUAAAUGAAGCAAAGUCUAAUGAGAGGAGGAUAAGAAUCAUUAUCGACGAUAAGAACAUCACCAUUUCAGAACCAUACUACGACUAUCAAUUUAUCGAUGAAGCUAUCAAGAAUAGACUAAAAGGAGAAGCCCUGUACAUCCGCAAAUAUGACGAGGUUUUUGCCUCGAUGGAUUAUUACGAAGAUAAGAACGAUUACAUAAUAUUUGACGUCGACUACAGAGACAUAGUGGGCUUUUUAUAA